AGUAAGAAACAGCUAUCAGUUAUGCAACAAUGGAACCUUGAGAGUGAUGUAUGCCAACGGGAUGGGCAUCAGCUUUCACACGGAGCCCCACAUCCUGGCAGGGUCUGUUAGCCCAACGAUUGGUCGCAGGAACAUCACACUGCCCACAGACAAUGGCCUCAACUCCAUCGAGUGGCGUCUACGCAAGGAGCAGACCAAAGGCAGGGUCACUGUUUUUGGCAGGAAGCUAAGGGCUCAUGGACGCAACCUCCUCUCUAUUGACUUCGACCGCAACACACGCACAGAGAAGAUUUAUGACGAUCACCGCAAGUUCACACUGCGCAUCAUGUAUGACGCUCAGGGCCGCCCGGCUAUGUGGUUGCCUAGCAGCAGUCUGGCGGUGGUCAAUGUGUCUUAUUCCACCACUGGACAGCUUGUUGGGUUGCAGAGGGGGAGCAUGAGUGAGAGGACGGAGUUCGACACCCAGGGACGCAUCCUGUCUCGUUCCUUUGUGGACGGGAAGGUGUGGAGCUACAGUUACCUCGACAAAUCCAUGGUGCUGCUCCUGCAGAGUCAGAGACAGUAUAUCUUUGAGUUUGACGCCUCAGGUCGGGUCACAGCUGUCGUCAUGCCCAGUGUUGCCCGUCACACCAUGUUCACACACGUGUCAGUUGGCUACAUCCGCAACACCUACAACCCCCCAGAGAGCAACGCCUCCAUAAUCCAUGACUUCAGCGAGGAUGGCCGACCUCAGGCCUCACAUUACCUGGGUACAGGCCGCCGUGUGCUCUACAAGUACGGCAAGCUGGCCAAGCUGUCAGAGAUCGUGUACGACAGCACCGCCGUAACUUUCGGGUACGAUGAGACAGCUGGUGUGCUGAAGAUGGUCAACCUGCAGAGCGGGGGCUUCUCGUGCACCAUUCGCUACCGCAAAAUGGGCCCGCUCAUUGACAAGCAGAUCUACCGCUUCAGUGAGGAGGGGAUGGUCAAUGCAAGGUUUGACUACACGUACCACGACAACAGCUUCCGUAUUGCCAGCAUGAAACCAGUCAUCAGUGAGACGCCACUUCCUGUUGACCUCUACAGAUACGACGAGAUCUCUGGAAAGGUGGAGCACUUUGGAAAGUUCGGGGUCAUUUACUACGACAUUAAUCAGAUCAUAACCACAGCCGUUAUGACGCUGAGUAAGCAUUUCGACACCCAUGGUCGCAUCAAGGAGGUGCAAUACGAGAUCUUCCGUUCACUCAUGUACUGGAUGACAGUGCAGUAUGACAGCAUGGGACGGGUGGUGAAGAGGGAGCUCAAGAUCGGGCCCUAUGCCAACACCACUCAAUACCGCUAUGAUUAUGAUGGAGACGGACAGCUCAGUGGCGUCAAGGUAAAUGACUGGUCUACGUGGCGCUACAGCUACGACCUGAAUGGCAACCUCCACCUUCUGAAUCCUGCGAACAGCGCCCGCAUUUUGCCCCUCCGCUACGACCUCAGAGACCGCAUCACACGCCUGGGAGACGUCCAGUACCGCCUGGAUGAAGAUGGUUUCCUCAGCCAGCGUGGUUCAGACAUCUUUGACUACAACUCCAAAGGUCAGCUCCUGCGGGCUUACAAUCGAGGUCCAGACGGCUGGAGCGUCGUGUAUCAUUACGACGGACUGGGCCGCAGGGUGUCCACGAGGAACAGCCUGGGACAGCACCUUCAGUUCUUCUAUGCCGACCUGAACCACCCAACCAGGGUCACGCACAUCUUCAACCACUCCAGCUCGGACAUUUCGUCUCUCUACUAUGACUUACAGGGACAUUUGUUCGCCAUGGAGGUGAGCAGUGGGGAGGAAUACUACAUCGCCUCUGACAACACCGGCACGCCACUGGCUGUCUUCAGCAGCAAUGGACAGAUGAUCAAACAGGUGCAGUACACAGCCUAUGGAGAAGUGUACCUGGACUCUAACCCAGAGUUUCAGCUGGUGGUAGGUUUCCACGGUGGCCUCUACGACUCCAUGACUAAGCUGGUGCACUUCACCCAGCGAGACUAUGAAGGCCUGGCUGGACGCUGGACGUCGCCCGACUACAGCAUCUGGUCCAAGAUUGGGAAAGAUCCCGCUCCAUUUAAUCUGUACAUGUUCAAGAACAACAACCCCCUCAGUGACAUGCUGGAUGUCAAGAACUAUGUCACAGAUGUGAAGAGCUGGCUGGUGAUGUUUGGCUUCCAGCUCAGCAACAUAAUUCCAGGGUUCCCUCGACACACGCUCUACUUUGUGGAGCCUCCCUACGAGCUGCAGGCCACCCAGCACUGUGAGAACGGACAGCUCAUCACCGGUGUGCAACAGGCAGCGGAGCGGCACAACCAGGCUUUCAUGGCCCUGGAGGGUCGUCUCCUCAACAAAGAACGUCGCAGACGAAAGGACAAGCCGGGUCACUGGUUUGGCACCAGCACCCCAAUAAUAGGUCGAGGAGUAAUGCUGGCAUUGAAGGAGGGCAGAGUAGUGGCAGGCGUGUCAGCGUUGGCCAGCGACGACAGCCGCAAAGUGGCUCUUGUGCUCAACGGCGCCCAGUACCUCGAAGGCACCCAUUACACCCAGGACGGGAAGGACUGUCACUACUUUGUGAAAGUUGGCUCUGCCGACAGUGACCUGUUGGUGCUGGGGCUCACAAACGGGCGCAAGUCACUGGAGAGCGGCAUCAACGUCACAGUGAGUGGCCGCUCAAGAAGAGGGGUGACCGUAGAGUUCGCAGUUCCGUCGUUAAUACUGAGUGUUCGAUACGGGCUGGCGGUGGAUGUGGUGGAUGAGGAGAAGGUAAGACUUUUGGAGCUGGCCAGGCAGAGAGCCUUGGCAGGGGCCUGGGCGAAAGAGCAGCAGAGGGCCAGAGACGGGAAGGGAGGGAGCCGCCUGUGGACGGAGGGGGAGCGACAGCAGCUCCUAACGACAGGGAGAGUACAGGGCUACGAUGGCUACUACGUACUGCCUGUGGAGCAGUACCCAGAACUGGCUGACAGCAGCAACAACAUCCAGUUCCUCAGACAGAACGAGAUGGGCAAGAGGUAACAGCCCACCUGAACUCACCAGAGGGGGCAGACUCUUCCCUCUCUCCCACUUUCAUUUCUCUAAAUCAUUUUUCCUACCCAGCCUCCUCAGCCCUACCCCUUUCAAAACACAUCGAGGAUUAACCAACAAAUGGGGUUACUCACGGAACGCUGCAGGGACUUUUGAAAAGAAUGACUGAACAGAAAAACAUAUUAUUGUUAAUUUUACUGCCAUGGGCAAAAACAUUUAAGUUUAGUCAAAACGGUUCUUUUGGUUUUUUCCUCUCUUCUUUUUGGAAAAAAUUUUUUGGAACACUGAAAAGCACUGAAGAACUUUAAGAGCUGUUGCUUAAUGAAUAAGGAGAUUCCCCUUUUUAAAAAAGAUAGUGAUAUUUUCGCCCCUAUUUUUUGGGUCACACUGCGAACGGCCAUGAAGGCUGCUGAACACCACGGUGGAGUUGUUACUGCGCUGGCAUCUGCAGUGAAGGCUUGUCUGUCUCUAAUAGACGCUGAAGGGCAAUAGGGACCAAAGUGGAGACAAAGCCACUCCAGAGAGCCGCCGUGACAACUGCACAUCAAGAGAGGACAUCAUAAGACGAAGCAACAGAUACGGCAAGGUUAAGCGAAAGGUUGUCCGAUGCCACGAGUCGUCUCCCUGUCUCAGGCCUCCCAUCGUCCACCACGGACCAGUCGUCCGCUGCCGAGGCGGCGCACAUCCAACUCAACUCGCAGCAUCCUCGAACAAAUCCAAGCUGUUAAUGGACUAGAAGAUAAACUUUUUAAGAAAAAAAAACAAAGAAAAAAAUAGUGAUGGCUAUAUUUGUGGACAGUGGUAUCAUACAGCAUUGCUUAUUUUGACAUGGGGAGAAGAAUCAUAUUACUACAUAUGUGUCUGACUACACUAAAUUUCAGGAUGUUGCGUAUACUGUAGAUGCCGUAGUUUUGUACGUUUCAGUCGCGGUAGAAUUGUGAGACUUUCACCAAGGCACUUCUGUACAGAACAAUCGAACACACACACUCACAGAGUCUGGAAAACAUGCGAAGUUUAGUAUUUAUUUGAUUUGAUUU